AUGCCUGAUUCAGAAGUCUCUACAGUGGCCACUGGCCACACUACUUCACAAGGGAAUCAUCAUGAUUAUCCCUCUUUUCCAGUCAGCCCAGUGAAGCUCGAUGGCACCAAUUAUUUACUCUGGUCCACAUCAGUUUUUCUCUCCAUUGAUGCAAGGGGUUAUAAGGGAUAUAUCUAUGGUACCACUGUCAAGCCAAGUGAGACUGGUUCAUUACAAGACAAGUGGAGUUCAAGUAACUCUCUAGUUAUGUCUUUUCUUCUCAGUGCAAUGACUCCUUCCAUUGCCCGUGGCUAUACACUACUUGAUUCAGCCGCAAAAAUUUGGAAAGCUGCUGAGGGUACCUAUUCCCAGGUAGGGAAUGAUCCACAAGUAUAUGAUAUUCAACGGAAAAUUCAUGCAACGAAACAGGGUGAACUGACCUUAUCCGAAUAUUACUGUGAACUCCGUAGUCUGUGGCAGGAGCUUAACUAUUAUGAUAACUUUCAGCUUGAUUGUCCUUCUGAUAUUACCAAAUUUCAGCUUAGGGAGGACAAAUUCAGAGUAUACACUUUUUUGACUGGCCUUAAUGUGGAAUAUGAUCAGCUUCAGUCUCAAGUUCUGAGUCGUUCACCUUUUCCAACUUUGAAGCAAGCCUACUCUUUGAUACAAUUGGAAGAUACUCGUCGUUCCACCAUGUUACCAACUACACAGCCAGAGAGAUCUGCUUUAAUUUUUUCUGGGGGUGGCUCUUCUAAUACUGGUACCCGUUCCUCAUCUGAGAAGGAACCUCUUGAGUGUACCCCUUGUGGAAAAGAAUGA